GUUUUGUCUUGUGCUUGCUCUGGUUCGAUAAUACUAAAAUCUAAUGUCGGCACAGUGUCCCCACCAUGAACGUUACCGUCUCUCCCAGUUUUGACAAAAAAUUUCCACUUAUUACGGUUGGUGGGGGGAAUGAGGGUAUAAAUGGGGCCCUAAAUAUCGUAAAGUUGUGCUUGUGCGGUAGGUUGUUAGACUUUACAUUUUUCCAUUCCUGUAAUAGCAUCUUUCACCUUGAGAUGGCGGAGAAGCCCCAUAUCCAAAUUCCAAGAGUGAAACUUGGCAGUCAGGGACUUGAGGUUUCUAGAUUGGGGUUUGGAAGCGGGGGACUUUCUGGGAUAUUGAAUGCUCCUCUGUCACAUGAAGAUGGAUGCUCCGUUAUAAAGGAAGCCUUUCAUAAGGGUAUAACCUUAUUUGAUACAGCAAAUGUUUAUGGAGAGAAUCACCAUAAUGAGAUCAUGAUUGGCAAGGCUCUGAAGCAGCUUCCUCGAGAAAAAAUUCAAAUAGCUAGCAAAUUCGGGAUUACUAUUUCGGCGGAUGGUCAAAUUGGCGUCAAGUGUACCCCUGAAUAUGCACGGCAAUGCUGUGAAGAAAGUCUUAAGUAUCUUGAUGUGGGCUACAUCGAUCUUUACUAUCAGCACCGUGUGGACUCCUCAGUGCCAAUAGAGGAUACUAUGGAGGAGCUGAAGAAGCUGGUGGAGGAAGGAAAGAUAAAAUACAUUGGGCUGUCAGAAGCUAGUGUAGACACAAUAAGAAGAGCUCAUGCGGUUCAUCCCAUCACUGCCUUAGAGAUGGAGUAUUCCUUGUGGACCCGUGACAUCGAAGAUGAGAUAAUUCCACUUUGCAGGGAGCUUGGCAUUGGGAUAGUGGCAUAUAGCCCUCUUGGUCAUGGGUUCUUUGGCGGGAAAGCAAUCGUGGAAAGCUUGCCUACUGAGAGCUUCCUGGCUGUGCACCCAAGGUUCAUGGGAGAGAAUUUGGAGAAGAACAAACUUCUAUAUGCCCGAUUAUCCGAACUGGCCACAAAGCAUGGCUGCACUCCCCCUCAGCUAGCUCUGGCUUGGAUUCUCCAUCAAGGGGACGAUAUAAUCCCAAUCCCUGGUACAACUAAGGUCAAGAAUCUUGAUACCAAUAUUGGAUCCUUGGCAUUGAAGCUCACACCAGAGGAUUUAAAAGAAAUUAGUGACGCUGUGCCCAUCAAUGAAGUUGGAGGUGAAAGAGAAACCGCGGCAUUUGCUCAAUAUGCCUGGAAGGUUGCAAAUACCCCACCAAAGUAAAGCGCAAACCUUUCUUCUCUUCUUCUUGUGUUGCCUAUGUUGUUUGUAAGGCGGAAAAAUAAAGUAGAGAACGAAAUUUUAUCUUGCUGUCGUUAAUAUGUGGAGUGAAACAAUCUCCUUCUAAAGAAAAGUGUGCACAUUUAUUUGGUA